ACUUGGAUCAUUUCAUACAUCGAACACUCAUCUUCAUGAACUGGAUGUUUUCAAGAGUGAACUGGUUCAACAGGGAGGAGGAGCCUGAGAACAGGGAAGUGUCAGACUCCAUUUUCACCUGGACGAGCAGAAGGAAGGAAAGUGAGCAGAUAAAGAUUGAAACUGGUGUGAAAGAUCAUUUCACUGUGUUCUGCUGUAAACUGAGCACAGAACCAGAAGGAAAUAGACCAGACCUUGAAUAUCUAGAAGAGCAGCGUGGCCUGAACCACAACUGAGCCGCAGCCGGUGCAACAUGGACGAGGACACUUCAGAGCAAGUUGGACCCUCAACCACAAAAGGUCAGGACCACAGACUGAGAGCAGAGUCUCCAGGGUCCAGCUGUCUGUCUCUGAAGAGUGACUGGUCCAUGGGAGAUCCUCCAAACUUCAGUAAUGAACCUGGACCCUCACCCACAGAGGAGAGGAAGAGGAGUCAUGUUUCUGAGGAGGAGCAGUCGUCCUGCUGUGCUUCGUGUCAGGACGUCCUGAAGGAUCCAGUCUCCACCAGCUGUGGACACUGGUUCUGCAGACAGUGCAUCACCUCAUACUGGGCCCAGUCUGGUUCUUCAGGAGACUCCUCCUGUCCCCAGUGUGGACAAAGAUCCAGAACAGGAGCUGGAGCAGAUCGUGGUCUGCAGGAGGUUUCAGAUGAACAUAAGCUCAGUGUGAGGAGGAGAUGUGAACAUGUGACUGAAGGAAGUGAUGAAACAGGAAGUAGAACCCUCCUCAACAGGAUCUACACUGAGCUCUACAUCACAGAGGGACAGAGUGAAGAGGUUAAUACUCAACAUGAGGUGAGGCAGCUUGAGACGGCUUCAAAGAAGAAGAUCCUCCAGGACACUCCCAUCAAGGUCCACGACAUCUUUAAAGCCUCCACUGACCAGCAGAGCAGCAUCAGAGUCGUCCUGACCAACGGAGUCGCUGGCGUUGGAAAAACCUUCUCGGUGCAGAAGUUCACUCUGGACUGGGCAGAGGGUUUAGAGAACCAGGAUGUGGGUCUGCUGGCUGUGCUUUCGUUCAGGGAGCUGAACCUGGUGAAGGACCAGCAGCACAGUCUUCUCACGCUGCUCCAUGUUUUCCAUCCAGCGUUACAGAAGCUCACGGCAGAGACGCUCGCUGUCUGUAAACCUUUGUUCAUCUUUGACGGCCUGGAUGAAAGCAGACCUUCUCUGGACUUCAACCACAGGGAGCUUGUGUCUGAGGUCACACAGAGGUCAUCAGUCAACGUGCUGCUGACAAACCUCAUCCGGGGGAAUCUGCUUCCCUCGGCUCUCGUCUGGAUAACCUCCAGACCUGCGGCGGCCAAUCAGAUCCCUCCUGCAUGUGUUGACAGGGUCACAGAAGUACGAGGCUUCACUGAGGCCCAGAAGGAGGAGUACUUCAGGAGGAGGUUCAGUGAUGAAGAGCUGUGCAGCAGAAUCAUCUCACACAUCAAGACGUCCAGGAGCCUCCACAUCAUGUGUCAAAUCCCAGUCUUCUGCUGGAUCAGUGCUACAGUUCUGGAGCACAUGUUGACCACAGACCAGAGAGGAGAGCUGCCCAAGACCCUGACUGACCUGUACUCACACUUCCUGCUGGUUCAGACAAAGAGGAAGAACAACAAGUACGGUGAAGGACAUGAGACGAGUCCACAGCAGCUGACGGAGGCUGACAGGGACGUUCUCCUGAAGCUGGGGAGGCUGGCACUUAAACAUCUGGAGGAAGGAAACAUCAUGUUCUACCAAGAAGACCUGGAGCGGUGUGGUCUUAAUGUCACAGAGGCCUCGGUGUACUCAGGAGUUUGUACUGAGAUCUUCAGAAGAGAGUGUGUGAUCUUCCAGAAAUCAGUCUACUGCUUUGUUCAUCUGAGCGUUCAGGAGUUUCUGGCUGCAGUCUACAUGUUCCACUGUUACACCGAGGGGAACACAGAAGAACUCAAAAACUUCUUAGGACCAUAUGGGAACACAUGGGGUACCUUCUCCCUGAAUGACCUCCUGAAGAGAACCAUGAAGAAAUCCCUCACCAGUACAAAUGGUCAUCUGGACCUGUUUGUUCGCUUCCUUCACGGCCUCAGUCUGGAGUCCAACCAGAGAGUCUUAGGAGGCCUGCUGGGUCAGACAGGGAACAAUCCAGAGAUCAUCCAGAGAGUCUUAGGAGGCCUGCUGGGUCGGACAGGGAACAAUCCAGAGAUCAACCAGAGAGUCAUCAAAAACCUGAAGAAGAUGAAGAGUGGUGACAUUUCUCCUGACAGAAGCAUCAACAUCUUCCACUGUCUGACUGAGAUGAACGACCACUCAGUUCAUCAGCAGAUGAAACAGUUCCUGACGUCAGAGAACAGAUCAGAGGAGAAACUCUCUGUCAUCCACUGCUCAGCUCUGGCCUACAUGCUGCAGAUGUCAGAGGAGGUUCUGGAUGAGUUGGACCUGGAGGAGUUCAACACAUCAGACCAGGGUCGACUGAGACUGAUCCCAGCUGUGAGGAACUGCAGGAAGGCUCUACUCGGUGGUUGUUACCUCUCAGAGACUCACUGUGAAGUCGUGGCCUCAGCUCUGAAGUCAGACCCCUCACAUCUGAGAGAACUGGAUCUGAGUGCAAACGACCUGAAGGAUUCAGGAGUGAAGCUGCUGAGUUCUGGACUGGAGAGUCCAAACUGUCGACUGGAGACUCUGAGGUUGGGGUACUGCAGUCUGUCAGAGAUCAGCUGUUCUUCUCUGGCUUCAGCUCUGAGGUCAAACCCCUCUCAUCUGAGAAAACUGGAUCUGAGACUCAACAACCUGCAGGACUCAGGAGUGAAGGAGCUGUGUGGUUUUCUACAGAGUCCAACCUGUCGACUGGAGACUCUGAGGUUGAAGAACUGCAGACUGUCAGAGAUCAGCUGUUCUUCUCUGGCUUCAGCUCUGAGGUCAAACCCCUCUCAUCUGAGAGAACUGGAUCUGAGUGACAACAACCUGCAGGACUCAGCAGUGAAGGAGCUUCUUGAUCUACAGCAGAGUCCAACCUGUCGACUGGAGACUCUGAGGUGGAGGAUGGAUGACUGGAGGUGAGUGUGAAGAGGACAGUGUGAAGAGGACAGUGUGAAGAGGACAGUGUGUGUGGACGGAGGCUGAGCUGUGUCCUGAGGAUCCAGAGGCUGAAGCAGCAGCAGCUUGUGUGUAGUCUCCAAUCUACACAACCCCUAAUCUGCAUGUGUUUGUGAGAUGAAGCCGGAGCACCUGGAGAAAACACGGGGAGAACAUGCAGACUCCACACAGGAAGACCCCAUCUGAACCGGAUUCAAACCAGCAACCUUCCUGCACCGAUUGUGUUUAUUCACAUGAAGAAUGUGUUUAUUGAAAUGACACAACACAAGCAGAAUAUAUAAACCCUCUAUAAAGAGUCACAUACAGUGUGUUUAAGUUUGUCUUUAUUAUUGUCCACCUUUGUCCCUCAGUGUGUCUCCAUGUGUGUAGAACCACAUUCUGUGUAUAUGUUUGUUUACGAUCUUAAAGUUCCUGGAUUCACGUCACAAAUUGAUUUAGUUCAACACAAAGUUCAACACAUUGAAAUCACUUUGAGUUUAAAAUCAGAGUUUUGUCUUUGACACAAAAGAUCAAAACUCUGGACUUAAAAAUGGGACGUUUUCAUUUCUGCAUCAGGUGCAGAGCGGUGGUGGCUUUUCUACUUUUGACCCACAGGUGGCGCUGCAGUAUAACAGCAGCACAUCCCAGUCAAAGCCUUUAUAUUCAGUCUAUGAGUCAAACACAUGGAUCAUUUCCUCUGUGACAAACCAGAUGUAACGAGAAGAAAAACAUCUCAGAGAGAAAAGUUCUGUUUCUACUUGUCUCUGCUUUAAUGCUCAAUAAACAUCCUUCCACCGA